CUUCCAGAAACCGAUAGCGAGUGUUACGUAACAGGACUUAAGAGGUGGUAUUUUUUCUUUUUCGUUGAAGGAAACAGACAACAAGAAAGCACAUCAAUCUUUUUAGUUCCCACUUUUUUCUUACGAAAAAGAAGACUACUAGAUCAUAUCCGGGGCUGGUUUAUUCUAAUCUCUAUCGCUUUACCCGGAAAAAACUCAGCCUGCGCGGUCACAUACACACAGACAACACAAAUGCAUACACAACAUGUGAGAUAAAUGCAACAAGUCGUUUUAGUUUUUUGUUUUAAAUAUGGGACGCUGAUUUGUUUCGUAGUUUAGAUAUCUUUGGAGUAUUUAACGCUGCUACAUUGGACAACGCCUUCCCCAGAGAAUACGGCUGUAUUCGGGGUAAUGAGAGAGAGCUCCAGGAAUGCCUUAUGUGGAUCGUCAGAAUCGUAUCUGCGGCUUCUUGGACAUUGAGGAAAAUGAGAACAGCAACAAGUUUCAAAGGAGGUACUUCAUCCUUGACACUCAGGGAAACUUCCUGCUGUGGUACAUGGACAACCCACAGAACCUGCCCAGUGGAACAGAAGCAGUGGGGAGUCUUCAGCUGACAUACAUAUCAAAGGUCAGCGAGGCCACAGUCAAACAGAAACCCAAGGCUGAAUUCUGCUUCGUUAUCAACGCCUUAUCUCGACGCUAUUUCCUUCAAGCCAAUGAUUCUGUGGACCUGAAGGAGUGGGUGAUUGCCUUGAAUAAAGCCACCAAGAUUACAGUUCCAAAAGUAAGCAAUGUCCAGCAGAACUCAGAAAUUGCCAAGGUAACAUCAGAACCCCAGGUUAAGAAGCAGCAGGCCUACAAGACUGAGAUUAUCGGUGGUGUGGUGGUGCACACCCCAAUCUACCAGAAUGAAGGCGAGGAGACGGAACUGGGAGAAUCGGGCUCUCAUGCCGGCGUGCGGCGGCUGCCCAGCUCCUCGGUGAACACCAGGCCGGGUGUGGCAAGGUGCGGAUACUGCGUCAAACAGGGAAACGUGAGGAAGAGCUGGAAGAGGAGGUUUUUUACUCUAGAUGACAAUUCUGUCAGCUACUACAAAUGUGAAACGGACAAGGAGCCCCUCAGAGCCAUCCUGCUCAAGGAUAUACAGAAGGUCCAUGAAUGCCUUGUGAAAUCAGGGGACCUACUGAUGAGGGACAACCUAUUUGAGAUCAUCACCGGUUCUAGAGUCUUUUACAUACAGACAGACACUCCAGAGGAUAUGCAUGGCUGGAUUAAGGCCAUCUCUGGGAAAGUACAGGAACUGCGUGGCCCUUUGAAGGAUAGUGGAUUCGCACGCUCCUCUUCUCUGUAUCGCUAUGGAAACAGGCACCCUGCCUCAGGUGCUCGAGGCCGGCAGACGGGCAAUGAGCAAAAGAAGGCCCCCCUGGUCAAGUCGUGCUCCGUGGCUCCAUCGUGGCAGCCCUGGACCCCCGUGCCCACCACAGGGCCUGAGCUUGUGGAGGUGGAAGAGGGGGAGGGCCAGUUCAGCUCCCUGCCCACUCUGACAGGAGGGACCGAGGAAGGGCAGGAUGGGGCGGGCAGCCGGAGGCGCCACAGGUCCCAACCACAGCCACCCAGUGACAAAGUCUUCCCUUUCAACAUUGACGAUGACGGCAUCCGCACAACUGACGUCUAGACGGGAGAUUGGGUUCAGCUGAGAAAACCAGCGCCCCUCCCAUGGAAUUCCUCUGCAUUGCUGUCACUGUCUGCUGUUAGUUUCCCAUUGUGCUGUGCUCCACUUAAAGUGAACACACCAUGAGCAGAGGCUUACUGGAUGAGUUCUGCACGGUCAAGCUGUAGGGUGUAUUCACUCCUGUGUGAUGAGUUAUAGUACUGCAAACGCUGUUAGAUGAAGUGACAGUGGCAGUAUUUCAUAUAACUGUUAGAUAGCGGAGUUAAAACAGUGUCCGGGUAAAAUUGAAAUAUCUUGGGUUUACCUCUGUAAUGUUAAUGGUGACUUGUCAUGGUACUCUAAUGAAGGAGGAGGAUGGGAGGAGUAAUUUGCUAUGCUAGGAUGAUGCACAAAAUACCUUAUACCCCAGUAUAUGGGAACUUACUUUCAUGUAGCUUUUAAGAUGCCUUUUUUCCAGUCUCUCAAUAGAUGAUCUUGUUCCUGAUAUCUGAUGUUUAUUGUACAGUCACCUUGAAACUUAGGGUAAGAGAGGAUCAAGUGAAGGGAGGGUAGUUUUGAUUGAAACUUUUUGAGCAUGUCGUUGCUGCACCAGCAUUGUGAACUGUCAUUAUUCUGAAAAAAACAUUUGUUCCCUGUGUUGUCACAAAAAUUGUACUCCUUUGGCAGGAAAAUAGGCAAACCAGAUAGCCAAUUAAAAUAUUAGAGCUUGCUGCAAGUUUUUUAAAGCUUUUUUCUUACUUAUGCCUCUGCGAUACUGCUACCCAGCUACAUUGGGGAAAAUGACAUUUCAGUGAGGAAUUAUUUUAUGGAUAAUACCUCAAACAAAUCGGUUUAAUGUUGAUAAGACAGUAAACAUCAGUAAUG